CAUUUUGGCGGGAAUCGAGGUCGGCGGAAGGCAGGCCGGGCUUUCCCGCGCAGUUGGCAGGAUGCGCUCGAUGGCGACGGACGUGAGGACCGCGAGCGCCGUUUUGGCCGAAAAGACGUCAACGCCAGUUAAUCAAGGCAAAGAAGACCGUGAAAAACCUCUCUGCUCCCAAAGCGUUAUGGACCUCAAGCUGCAGGCCAGUGACGACGGCCAGAAUGUCGGCCUGGGGGUACGGGAGGCCUUAGCCUGCGAUAAACUGCGAGGCUGUGCCACGCGAUCAGUGUACCCACCUCGGGGUUCGCCUUGUCACGCACGAACCCUGUCGGAUUCGGAUCUAGCAGUCGCAGACCUCACCCUUAACGACAGCUCCUUCGACGCAAAUAAGUCCAUCCUGCAGCACUCUGGUAUAAAGACGCCACCGCGAAGUCACUCCUACAGGAUCUGGUCUCCCAAGUCGGUGUUGUCACCUCGUCGGGACUCUACAGCGUGCGUAUUCCAGCUUCCGAAGCCCCUUACGGAGGAGCAGACGCGUGCAGGCUACUGCAUCUUGACGUUCGAUGAGCCACUUCUACAUUCUGAUGGCUGUAAAGAGACCGAACACGGAAUAUGCAUGGCAGACUUCGUGGUACACAUAAAAGAUACUCAGGCUAACAGCAUGAAAGAGGCCGGUUCGGUGACACUGAAGACCCUUCCGAAGCAGUUAGGAAUCGGUCAGUCAUCUCUCAAGAAAGGCAAGUUGGGGGUGUUUGCCCUGAAGGACCUUCCACACCCCUGCUUCUUUGGACCCUUCUUUGGCCGGAAUAGACCUACGGUUGAGUGCGACUUGGCUGACAGGUGUUGCGUGAAGGUCCUGGAACAGGCAUACAAAGCCGAUGAUAUUGACACGACCCAAGAGAAAGCCAACUGGAUGACUUUCAUUAAAUUCACCAAUGAAAUGAGAAGCACAAAUCUCACGGCUUUCAUUCACGGAGAAUACAUCUACUACAAGACAACAGCUGCCAUUAAAAAGUUCGAGGAGCUGGUGUUAAACACUACAUGUGAUCAGCACUACUCCUCAUCCAGCAUUCUGCUGAAGACGAUGUUUGAGUAGAUCGACAGCAUAUGAAGAUAAGAAGCCAUUGCAUUAUGGAUUUUCAUGUUUGAGUUACUUUACAAAUUGAUUACAGGACAAAAUGUAUACGGAAGGAUGAGAAUGUUACCAUGUUUCUUUCUCUCAAGUGCUAUUUAUAUGUUUUAUUCUGAAAGGAAUAUAUACUAUUUUCAUUAUACGGAUAAAAGUUAUGAUAAUCAGAUAAAGAAUAUAUAUGUAUUUGUAUUUAUUACUGACAAUAAAGAGGAAAUUUAUU